AUGAUUUUGAGCAACUUCACCAGCACAUUAUCCAGGGUCGCGGGGGAGAGCGGACUUCUCUGGAAAACCCAGCCGGCUGAUGAGUUGUUUGCGAUUCCUAACUUCCCCUGGAUCAAGCUCGCCAGAAAUGAUUUUGACGAGUCUUUGAGUGACCCUGAACCCAAGGGCCCACGUUUCGAGUUCAUCAUCGAUUGCACCGUUACCGCUUCAAUGAGCUUUGGCCAACUAGUUAACAGCUUUUACGAGCUGGAACCAGUUUAUACAGAUUACUGGAACCGCCAUUAUGAACCGAAACUGUGGUCAGUGGGGCCUCUAUGUCUGGCCGAGCCACCCACACCUAGUCCAGAGCAUGAAAGUUCAUGGAUUGACGAGUGGCUGGACCGAAAGCUAGACCAAGGGCAGGCAGUUCUUUACGUUGUGUUUGGAUCCCAAGCGGAGAUAUCAGCGGAGCAAUUCCAAGAAAUCAAAAGCGGGCUGGAGAGAUCGCAGGUGAAUUUCUUGUGGGUCAUCAGGAAAAAUGAAUCGCAACUCAACGAUGGAUUUGAAGAGAGAGUUAAAGACAGAGGUCUGAUAGUCAGAGAGUGGGUUGACCAGAGGAAAAUCCUGGGCCACCGGAGCGUUGUGGGGUUUUUGAGCCAUUGCGGUUGGAAUUCUGUUCUGGAGAGGAUGAAAUGGAAGCAGAUUUUUCCUUGA